GACCCCGAAAGCGGCAAUCUUCAUCUGCCGCCUGUGCACCAUCCCAAAUUAUCGGCAUAUGGGUCUGAAAUCUUUGAUAUAUAAUAUGCUGCUGCUGUUUUCCAUUUUAUUACAUAGUAACUACAUAUCGUCAACCAUGCUAUCAACACCAGAGCUGCACCUCCAUGGUUGCCAUUGCGGUUUGCGGAUGGAAGGGAUUCAUGGAGCCACUCUUAUCCUUACACAAUACAGGGGCCCCAAUCUGGCAUCAAUCCCACGCAUCCGGGCAUAUGACUCCGAACCCUAACAUGGCGACGUACAAAACGGGACUUCUGCCAGUAAUAUGUUCAGCCCUAAUCCAAUAUUUUGUUGUAAGAACAUGGCAAGAAAAAGAAAAAAAAAAAAGCAUAAAGAACAUAAAGCUUCGAGAGGUGGUGGGGAUAUCAAGGAACAAGGCCAUUGCUACAUAAUUGCCGGAAACACGGUAUGCUGCAUGCUUGACC